AUGUCGAAGCCGUCGAAACCAUAUCGUCGCGAUCUUCAGUUCCGUGGCUUCGCUGAGGGCCUGACGUACCUCAGCAGCGACGGCCAAGCCCAGUGUCAUUAUUUCGGCGGCGUCCCGUACGCCCUCCCACCCGUCGGCCCCUUUCGCUUCCAAAAGCCACGAUCCCUACCACCAUGCUACCGCUACGGCACAAAAGCGAACCCAGGACGAUACACAGGCGGCUGUGGAUUAUGCCCGCAGCCCGGCUCCAACACGGAAACCCUUGACGAGCCCACCUGGGACGAAGAUUGUUUGCAAACCAACAUCUGGAUUCCAGCCGGGCCAUCGCCAGCAGAAGACGGCGGGUUCCUGCAAUGGGGUAGCCCGAACGGACUCGACCUCCGCGCGCUACUCAGCGAGUCCCCCGUGCAAUGCGUCGUCGUGGCUCCCGCGUACCGCCUAAACGUAUUCGGGUUUCUCGCAUCCAAAGAGCUGAUCGACUCGUGUCCUCCUUGUGAUGGUUUUGGCGUUAAUCUUGGCUUCUGGGAUCAGCGCAUGGCUUUGCAGUGGACGUAUGAGAAUGUCAGCUAUUUUGGCGGGAACGCGGCGAAUAUUACUGUCGGGGGUUACUCGGCGGGUUCGCACUCGGUGUUCCAUCAGCUGUCGUACGAUCUCGGUUGCGCGGAUGGGAAGGCGGUUGUUAAGAGGGCGGUGAUGCUGUCGAAUGGGCCGGGUAUGCAACCGAAGAGUUUGGUAGAGGCGCAGGACCAGUUUGACGAGCUAUUGAGGGCGCUGGGUAUCGAUUUGGUGAAGUCGCCGGCUGAGAAGUUGGCACGGCUUCGUGAGUUGAGUCCAAGGGCGAUUGUGGAAGCGAGUAACGGGAUCAAGCUGCAUCAGUUCCGCGCUGUUACUGAUGGGGAGUUUGUGCGGCAUGGGCUUCUCGAAGAGCUGUCGAAUGGUGUUUAUGCGGAGCGCAUGAAACGCCGCAACGUUAAGCUCAUUAUUGGCGAAUGCAGCGACGAGCAUCAUGUCUACGGUCUUUGGCGACCACCUAGACCGGGCUUCGACGAUAUGUUGAACCGUCUUGAAGCUGACUACCCUCGCGAGGCAUGCAAGGUGUUGAUGUCGCACUACUUCCCUAAUCGCAAACUGCCGUCAAAGUACUCGAGCUGGCAGGCGGCUUUCGGUCACAUCUACGCUGAUGUUCAGAUUCACGCAUUGCGUCGCGGAAUGGUUAAUGCGUUGAUGAAGCAUGGGGCGGGAGAUCUCAUCCAUAGAUACCGUAUCGAAUGGCGAGCGCAGUGUGUUGAUAAGGAACUACCUAAGCACUUUGGUGCAAGUCACGGCUCCGACAUGGCGAUAUGGUUCUGGGGUAAUGGAAGCGACCUGACUGAGGGGGAGAAGCAGAUCGCGUUGAAGACAUUCCACGAACCACUGAGCAGGUUCUUGAAGGGCGAAGAGAUUGAUUGGGGUACGCAGCAUGCGAUGCAAUUGAGGACACUGAAGAGCAAUGGGAAUGUUGCUAUCGAAGAAGACAUUCGACUGGAGGAAGGGUUGAGACUGUGGAAUGCACUGAAGACGGCUGGCGCUACUGGCGACCCGAAGGAUACUGCAAAGUUGUAA